AUGAGGGGGAUAGCACUAAGCCAAAUUGUCAAAAACAACACAUCGAAUAAAACGAUUCAUGCUAAAAAUAAAAUUAAUAGUAGAUGUUAUUCACUUUUUAAAAACAAAAUUUGGAACCCAUCUGAGGACAUAACCUAUCGAAAAAAUAUCAACAUCAUUUGUGACAGUCAUGUAUUUUUCUACACUAUUCUGAAUGUAGAUCGAUACAGCCAUUUCCUUCCAUAUGUAACGAAAAGCAAAAUAACAGAAAAGUUGGAGGAGCAAUUCAAGGCAGUCCUCCAUAUUCAAAACAUUUUCUUUAAGGAAAAGUAUGAUUCUCUAAUUAGGUUUAAAUACCCAACAAAUAUCACGGUUUCCAGCGCAGAUACGAACUUGUUUAAUCAUUUGAUAACCGAAUGGAUUAUCGAACAAAAACCAGAUUGCAUUAACGUCCAUUUUUAUAUAAAUUUCAGGCUGAAAAAUAGGAUAUACCAAAAUUUUAUGAACAUGUACAUAAGAAAGUUAGGGAAUAUGAUACUGUACGCCUUUAUCAAGGAAGCACGAGCAAAUAGUUUCAAAAAUGUGGAUUUGCUUUUCCCUCACCUCCUCGAUAAGUGA